CAAAAUUAACAUUUAAUGUUGCAAUUUAUAUCAAUAUUGAAUAAAAAUUUAAAAAAAAAUAUUUAAAUAAAAUGAAUACUUGUGCUUGUAACUAUAAAUUAAUAAUUCUUACUUUGAAUUCAAAGUAUUGCCAAAACACAUUUAUAUCUUCGCACUAUAAUUGGUCCAAGCAUCAACGUACAAUUCUGCCGAGAUAUGUUUCUAAUGGUUCUGCUAGAACUGAAAAAAGCCGUUUAACACAGCUCUUAGUCAAAUCUCUAAAAAUUGCUUCAAUGGCUUUUGGUGUAUCAUUAUUAGCAUUUGGAGGAUAUUUACUAGUGUUUGAAGACGAUGAUUUAGUUCAAAAAGAAAACAAAAAUAGUCCACUAAUUAUUAAAAUCUAUGAACGGAUAUGUUUCAGAAUAGAAUUUUAUCAUAAGUUGUUUACAAUUCCUGCAACCAAUAAAUUAUUACCAGAUUCAUUACCAGAUUAUUACGAUAAACCUCAAUAUACACUUGUGUUGGAGAUUACUGAUCUCCUUGUACAUCCAGAGUGGAGUUACAGUACAGGUUGGAGAUUUAAAAAAAGACCAAAUGUUGACUAUUUUUUGGAAAGAGUUGGAAAGAUUUUCGAGGUAGUUGUAUACACGGCUGAAAAUGGUUAUAUUACUUCUCCAAUAUUAGAUGAAAUUGAUCCUAAUGGUUGGAUUCAGUAUCGCUUAUCACGUCAAUGUACUGAAUUUAGAAAUGGUCAAUUAGUAAAAAAUAUUGAAAGAAUUAAUCGUGAUUUAUCAAAAGUAAUUCUUAUAGAUUGGAAUACGAGUUGGACACAACUUCAUCCUUAUAACACUCUAAUUAUACCUAGAUGGAAUGGUGAUGAAAAUGACAACUCGCUUAUUGAUCUUGCAGACUUUUUAAACGUGGUCUUUGCAAAUGAAGAAAAAGAUGUAAGAGAGAUUUUAAGUGAAUUUAAACGAUAUGAUGAUCCUAUAAAGGCAUUUCGAGAAAAUCAAAGAAAAUUAAAGGAAGAAACUAAGGUUGAAGAAGAAAAAGAAAAAGAAAUAAAUAAUAUAGAAGAUAAUAAUAAAUCAUGGUUAUCGUGGAUAUCUUGGAUUUAUUGAUUUAGUAUAAACAAAAAACAUACACAAUACAAUUUAUUUGUAUACAUUAUAUAUACUUUGUUAACAAACAUAUUGAAUAUCUAAUAGUAUGUAUGAAUUUUAACAACUGAAUAGAAAUCAAAAAUU